GAAUCUCUACUGUUUGCCAACCAUUUAGUUGUUAAGACUAAUAAUUGACAGCAACUUAAACAUUGGUUUAUUAUUUUCGGUUUAAUUUAUAAAUUGAUUUUUAAUCAGUAAAUUAUAAACAAUGGCACCGAUAUUGGGAUAUUGGAAUGUUCGGGGAUUGGGAGAACCAAUCCGUCUAUUGUUGGCUUAUACGGGCACUGAGUAUGAGGACAAACGUUAUACUCUCGGAGCUGCCCCUGAAUACGAUAGGACUGAAUGGAUUAAUGACAAACAAUCACUCGGACUUGACUUUCCUAAUCUUCCCUACUAUAUCGAUGGUGAUCUAAAACUGUCGCAAAGUUUGGCAAUAAACCGAUACAUUGCCCGCAAAAACAAUUUGAACGGACAGUCGGAUGAAGAGAAACUACGUGUGGAUCUCGUGGAGCAACAGUUGGUUGACCUAAAUAUAGGUAUCACUCGUAUUGUUUAUGAUCCUAAUUAUGAGACUUUGAAAGUUGAUUGGCUUAAGAAUCUACCAAAUAAUUUGCAACUUUUGAGCCAAUUUCUCGGCGAUCGACCAUUUUUAGCGGGAGAGAGUGUUACUUAUGUAGACUUUAUUGCUUAUGAAUUACUCGAAAAAUUGAAUGCUUUGGUUCCGGAAGAAGUUUCCAAAGUGGAUAAUCUUAAGAAGUUUGGCGACAGAGUCAGAUCAUUGCCACAGAUUGCCAACUAUUUGAAGACAGCACCCAAUGUGCCAUUCAAUGGUCCGAUGGCUCAAUGGGGCGGAAGUGUCUAAAUGAUUGACAAUAAAAGUGUUUGCUAUAUGUUUUAAAACAAAUACUUAUAAUUACAUUUCAUAAUUUUUUUCAAUAAAAUGAGUAAUGAAUAAUUAAAAUUAUUUACAAUUAUAUAGCAUACAAUUAUUGUAUACAAUUCACAAUUAUAUAAAUGAAGUUAUGAAUAUUAAA